AUGGCAUCGGCAUCGGAAGCGGCAUUCGCCUAUCACGAACCGUCAAUCAAAACAGUCCUCAGCUAUACCAGCUUUCUCUUGACUCUGAAUAUAGCCAAUACCUGUCUGGACAAGCUUCUCUACUGUGGUUUUUUCGGCCAACUCUUCAUCGGUGUCCUGUGGGGCACACUUGGGGCACAAUGGAUCGAUCAAGAGACAGAAAGAGUGAUCCAGCAGAUUGGGUAUUUAGGCCUGAUACUCUUGAUUUACGAAGGCGGGUUGUCAACCUCCAUCCAGUCUUUGAAGGCAAAUAUUCUACUUUCAACUGCCGUUGCCAUCACUGGGUCCUUCGCUGCUGGUGCAGCCUUGAGCGCAACUAGUCUCGGCACCACCUUUACCAUUCUCUCAACCACGCAGCUGACAACUACAAGGCUCGGCACAGUCACCACUAGUGCCGCAAUGCUAGACGAUGUCGUCGGUCUAGUCAUGGUUCAAAUUAUUUCAAACCUUGGCGGAAGUGCCACCUCAUUCACUACUGUGACUGUUAUUCGACCUGUUCUUAUUUUUAUCGGGUUCGCCACGUGUGUGCUAGUUGGCAUCGUGGCUGGUGCAACAUAUGCUGGGACUUCGAGCCUCUUUGCUGCCUACCUUGCUGGAGUGAUUGUCUCUUGGUUCGAUGGGCUGAUAGCUGAAGCGAAAACACAAUUUCCCGCCUUGCGGUCUGCUGAAUCUCACGGGAAAACUUUGAACGAACAAUCGCGCACACGGAAUUGCAAGGAUCGUACUGAAGAGACACCCUCUUCGCCUACGCAACCUCCACAGGCAACCGAAAUAACCCCUAAUGAUACACCUACAGGUGAACUCAUAUACGCCAAAUACUACAAAGAGCCGGUGAACCGAAUCCUUCUCCCUCUUUUCUUCGCAUCCAUCGGAAUGAUCUGGCUGGUGCGAUUCUCUCCGAGCCCUGUGUCGCGUCUGGUCUCUAUCAUCAAGAAGCCAUCUACAUACGCCCAUUUCUACUGUUUAGGUCCUUGGACUGCCAGCAGAAAAUCAAACCAAAAGAAGAAAGGCCCACAAAUACCAGCGACUCAAGAUGAGAGCGCAGAUGUUCCCGCCCCGGAUAAUGCCAAAGACGAGUCUCAGUCAACGAACAGAUCCCCUGCGCCCACUUUUCGCCCCGAUUCCCGUAUCUCGCUCCCCCCGAAACCAAAGUCCUUCUACCCGCCUUCUAUCCUGGGAUUGGCAAUGGUUGCCCGAGGCGAAGUGGGAUACCUCAUUGCUUCAAUUGCCGAAAGCAAAGGGAUAUUCUCCAAUGACUCUUCCGAAGGACCAUCUGAUAUCUAUCUAGUGGUCAUCUGGGCAAUCUCCCUCUGCACAUUGAUCGGUCCGAUCUUGGUUGGAACUCUAGUCAAACGUGUAAAGAAGCUGCAACAGUCAAGGGUGAAUAUGGGGCUCGAUCCUUUGGGAGUUUGGGGAAUCUAA